ACCAACCCUAAUAAUGGAACAAACUACCCCAAAUUCGCGUGAAGAUUCUUCACGUUGCAAAUCUAUCACCGCGAAGUACAUACAACAUCUGCUGUUGUGAAUGUAGCCAUCGCACUGGCUCAUGGACUUCUUUUACGCCGGAAAUUUCCCGAGUCACUGGACCUUAACGUUAAUUAACGAAAUUCACGGCAGGCUUCGCAGUGACGUUCGCCAAACGAGAAAGAAACCUUUGGAUCGUGCUUGGUUGCGACACGUUCUCACAGUUUUCAAUCGAGCUGAUGACAAAACUAAACAUUAGGGGUCGAGAAGGGGGUUGCUGAGAACCUAUAAAAAAGUCCACGGUCUCGUUAUCCUCUCAUAAACGUGUUCACCUCGCGCGGACACACGAUCCUUUGGGCUCGAAAACCGAGGAGAGGACGAUCUUUUCGAAUCACGUUGCUCGCUCUAGAUGCGAUUCCUGCUGACGACAUGCAUCGUAAGGCUCGACUGGCCUUUUUCUCGAUAAUAUUGCUGUUAUGCUUGAUCUUGCACUCCGGGACUGAAGCUCAGCUAAACUUCUCGACCGGUUGGGGAAAAAGAAACCAGAGGCACGAAUGGAGUGCCCUUAAAACCGAAUGCGCUUCACAGAGUAGACCCUUCUUGGAACAACUGCUAACCAUUUACCAAUUGAUACAGAUGGAAGCGCGAAGGAUGUUGAACUGUCGGAAGCUGAACGAAUAAAUUCAAGACUGGAUUGGCGGAUUAGAGGAAACAUCGUAGACUAGAUAUAUUGGACUUGUUCGAGGAAGCCGUUCGAAAUCGUGUAUCUUUUACACCCGAUUUGCAGCUCGUUUGAAAACACUGGAACUUUAGAACGAAGUAUCCGGAUCUGUCAAACAAAAGUUGCCACGAAAACAUUUUCUACCGGAAUGUACCCGCUCGAACGUGCCUUGUAAAAUAACCAAGACGAACGAUAAUACAAACAAUGAGUAGUAAAGGA